AUGAAACAAAUUCUGACGGUGUUCUUAAUUAUAUUCAAAGGUCUUCUUAAACCAAAAAUCCUUUUGAGGUUGUUAUGGAAAAUCAUUUUCUCAGCAUUUUCAUCGAAAUCCAAAACCAGGGAUUGGCUGGAUCUUCCGCCGGAUGUUACUGCAAAAAUUCUCCAGAAGCUUGGAGUAAUCGAAAUCCUGAUGAACGCUCAGUUGGUGUGCACUGAGUGGAGGAGCAUCUGUUUUGAUUCUCUUAUGUGGCGCACCAUUGACAUGCGGAUUGAGGACUAUCCCUGCAUCUCCCACUUCCAUUUGAGGACUAUGUGUCGCAUAGCAAUCAACCGCAGCUGUGGCCAAUUGUUUGAUAUUAAUGUCGAGCGUUUUGGUAACGAUGAUCUGCUCGAGUACAUCGCCUAUUCUACAUAUCAUCUACGACGGCUACGUUUUGCAGAUUGCUCUGGCAUAUCGGAUAGAGUAUUGAGUGAAGUUGCUAAAAAGCUUCCGAUGUUAGAGGAGCUUGACAUUUCCGGCUGUUACAUACGCAGGCGUGGUCUACAAGCAAUUGGACAACGUUGCCCACUUUUAAAAUCCUUGAAAUUCAAUGCUGCCUCCCUUGACUCUGAUAAGGAGGCAUUUGCUAUUGCUAGAACCAUGCCUGAGUUACGCCAUCUGGAGCUGUCUAAAAACAGGUUGACUAAUGUUGGCUUGCUUGCCAUUCUUGAUGGUUGUCCUCACAUUGAAUAUCUUGACUUAUGGCGGUGUCCAAAUGUUGAUUUGGGAGGAAGUUUGGGGAAAAGAUGUGCUCAACAGAUUAAGGAAUUACGGGAUCCAAAUGGGCAAUGGCUCCUAAUGAUAUCUUUAGACAAUAUUAUGAAGCUGGGAUUUUGA